AUGGAGAGAAAAGGUAAAACUGUGAAAAAAGGGCUAGUUGUUAAACCAAUAAUUUCUUCAGAAAUGAAUUCUCGUUGUCAAGUAGAUUUGAUUGACAUGCAAGCUCAACCUGAUGGAAAUUAUCGAUUUAUUUUAGUUUACCAAGAUCACUUAACGAAGUAUGUUUUACUUAAACCAUUAACACACAAACGUGCAGAGGAAGUUGCCUAUAUAUUACUUGAUAUUUUUACUACAUUUGGAGCUCCGUGUAUCUUACAAAGUGAUAAUGGUAGAGAAUUUGUUAACAAGGUUAUUGAAGAGUUAUGUAGUAUGUGGGAAGAACUGAAAAUCGUACAUGGAAAGCCACGGCAUUCACAAAGCCAGGGCUCCGUUGAAAGGGCUAACCAGGACGUAGAAAAUAUGCUUGCCACCUGGUUAACAGAUAACAAAACAAAUAAAUGGAGCGAGGGACUUAAAUUCGUUCAAUUUAUGAAAAAUAGAAGUUUAUAUCACGGAAUUAAGUGUUCUCCUUAUGAGGCUAUGUUUGGUACACGUGCAAAAAUAGGCCUGAAAUCUACUUCUCUACCAGAAAGUAUCAUACAUAAACUCAAAUCUGAUGAAGAUUUAGAAACUGCACUGAAUUCUAUAAAGACCACAUAUGAAAUAAAUGCUGAGAAACACAUUGAAAAAAAAUCUAUUGAUACGUCUUAUGAAGAAAUUAUCGAUAUUGACGAAGAACCAGCUGAUAUUAUACAAUCAAGAAAGGAAACGAUAGAAAAAAAAAAAAGUGAAUCGUUGCAUAAUUUGAAUGUUCAAGCUUCAAAAAUGAAGACUAACUCAGAAAGUCGACUUCGUGAAGGCAAAAUUGGCGAAAGCGUUAAAAUUAGAAUACCUGAUGUUGAUAAAGCACGGAGUGAUCUGCGAUCCAUUUUAGGAGUCAUUUUGUCUGUAAAAAACAAUAAUUAUGAAAUUGGUACCACUGAAGGUAAACUUCAACAACUUUAUGCUAGAAAUCAAUUUGAAAUAUGCAAAGAGUCAUUUGUCCAGAUUGAAACAGUACCAACAACACCUCCGAUAUCAUUAAGAGAAGCAGCUAGAAAAUUUUCUAAUCUUGGCGGUCAAGGAUAUGACCGGUGUAACUGUACACAGCAAUGCAAGACAAAUAAAU